AAUCCACAUUAUGCGUUUGACAAAAGACAAGGAAUGCUGUCUUCGUGGAGACUAAAUGCCCUGUCUCAUUAUUUAUGCACUUGCCUUUUUGAAAUCCAGAGAACUUUUACUGCAGGAGACGAGGGGGACAUGCCGGAGAGGGCAGGCGCUCGCCUGCCAUAAUGGCCUAUAUAAAGGUGAGGCUCUCAGAUGGAGGCGGCUGUGUGUGAGGAGGUCCGGGGAGGUCGUGAGGAUGAUGAGGAGGCAGGGGCCGAUGAAGCCAUGCUGUGGUCCGUCCAGGAGGCUCUGGAGAUGCAGACCCUGCAGAUCGGAGCGUCCGCCUGCGGGGCCACGGCUGUGGUGGACGUGCUGAAGGCGCUCGGAGUAGACGUGACCCCGGAGGAAGCUGACCGCUGCGUCCAAACGCGUCUGCGGAGGAACGAGUCACCGUUGCCGGACUACCUGCUGUCCCGCAGUGAAGCUGGUGCGACUCACAUCCAGCUCAUCCAGGGAGCGCAGGAGGCCAGCGGAGGCAAGGUGACGGGCCGAUUCUUCCACCUCCACCCUCGCAGGCGAGUCAGACUAGUCCCCUGGCUCGCCCGUUGGAUCCGAAAAGGCGCAGUUCCCGUGGCGACCAUGAACAUGCAGCUGGCUGUACCCGAGGGCGAGGAGGUGCCCGACGCCUGGCACCACCAGCUCAUAUUUGGGGUCGCAUCCAACGCUGUCUUUAUGACCAAUCCUUUAGAUGUAGUAAGCGAGGGAGAGGUGCACCAGCGACUCUGCAGUGAAUCCGUGUUGCUGAUUCGUCGAGAAGACGUGCUGCAGCGACUGACGCCCGACUGCUCUCUGUCGGGCCUCUCGGAGAGCCAGUCUGACCCACGGUGGAAGGCUCUGGAUGUCGAGGGUCAGGUGAGGCAGAUGGCCACGGAGGAGGAAGAAGAAGAAGAAGAAGAAGAAGAAAUCAAUCGACCCAAGAUGACUCACAUCAGGAUCCCUGCAGCGUACAGCUCAGGUGUCACAUUCUUUGCCAUAAGAGAGUCAGAAUUGGGACAAGAACUCCUCGAUGCUCCUGAACUCCCUCUGCUGUGACCGCACUGCCACAUGUGGAUGGACUUAAAGCUUGAAGAUCUAUUCAUACUAUCAAUAACACCUUGUAUUGAUCCAAAUGUUUAAGAUCAGCAGAUUUAAAUCAAAGCUCAAACUGAACUCUGACUUUCUGUUCAUUUUUCUGUGGAAAUAUUGAUUAGAAAUCACAUUUUAAGAGAUAAACGUGUUUGUAUCAUUGUUUUAAAGACAACAUUAUUAAAAGCCCCCGCCCCCCACCCUGCUCUCAGCCCUUAUUUGCUAACUUUACACAUCUCCAUGUUAACUUCAGGAUUGACUUUCAAAAUUUAUUGAUCGCUUGCGAAAAGCAAUAAAUGGCACCUCUCCAGAGUAUAUUUCAGAGCUGUUAUGUGCUUUUGUGAAGAAGCUUCUAUCAGCAGGUUAAUCUGCCGUGAUUGCUUCCAAAGCCACAUUAAAAGUGAUGGAGUCGCUGCAGUCAGGGUGCUACAAAUCGCUACAGUCGAGAAGGAAAAAACUGUCACACUUGCAUGAAAAGUGGAUUCUUUUGUGUAACUUAUUAUGUUGUGUUUGUUAUCCCAGCUUGAUAUGGCUGUGGUCUUUCCUAAAGUUUUUCAGUGUUUCCUGAAUCAGUUUUUAGAAACUAUGAUCAAAAUUAAAGAAUUUGUUGCAUAAACUAAA